AUGAGUCAACGCGCCCUAUCACGAUGGCUGCCACUGUCGGCAUUGUUAGCGCAAGGGGCGACAGCCACACCGGCACCAGCACCGGCGGCCGCCACCAGAGACACGUCCAAGACAAUCUGGGCGACCCCCCACGACAGCUACUCGUCCUCAAUCGGCGUGCUGGGGUGCAAGAUCGAUACGGACCGGGUGGCAUACUGGCCGUCUAGCAUAUCCUGUGACUCCAUCUGCGUCGAGGUCACGCACUCGGAAUCCGGUCGCAAGGUCAAGCUGCUCCGCAUCGACCAGUCCCAGGGCGCCCACGACAUGAGCUACGACGCGUGGAAUUACCUGGUGACGGGCAAGUCGGCCACCGAGGAUCCCACAGCUGGCGGCACCGUCGAGAUGACCACCAAGGACCUCGACGCAUCCGAAUGCGCCAGCCUGAUACACACCAGCGGUCACAAGGUGCCCCUCAGCGCCGCCAACAGCAUGAACUUCCUCGCCAACUGUCUCGACAAUGACCCGGACAGCUAUGUCGCAAAGAAUUACGUGCUUUAUAACAUUGCCGACGCCAUAUGCUCGUAUGGCCUCGAUGAGGAGUGCGAUCUCGACUGGCCGACUGCCAACCAGGCUACGUGCCCGCAUACAAUGGGUGAUCAGUCGCCCCUCGACGACAAGACGCCCGUCUACAAUAUUCGCUACCCAACCGGUGAAAAGGUCAAGGCCGCGUCCAGCCAGGUGGUGGUUACACCAGGUACAGGUGACGUUGAUGACACAGGCACAAGCGACGAUGAUGACAUGGGUGUUGCGGUGCGGCCGCAAAAUCUGGCCUUGGGAGUUGCUUUUCUGGCAGCGGCAUUUUGGCCUUGGUGA